AUGAGUGAAAUUCCAAAGAUUCUUCUCCUAGAUGUUGAUGGAGUAAUAUGGAUAGAUCAUGUACCUGUAAAAGGCGCAAUCGAAGGACUAAACAGAAUGAGGAAACUUGGAAUACGUCUUGUUUUAGUAACAAAUAAUUGUUCUAAGACACGAGAACAAUAUCUUAAACAAUUCGAAAAGCUUGGUUUUGAAGGAUUUCAAGCAGAUGAUGUCUUUUCUUCAGGUUAUGCAACUGUGAAAUAUCUUGAACACAAUAAUAUUCAUAAGGUAUUUGUUUGCGGCUACGAGGGUUUAAUGCAGGAACUUAGAGAGCAUGGAUUCGAAGUUCAUAACAUCAAAACAGAUCCAGAACCUCAGCCAGUUGAAGCAGUUGUAAUUUCGAGGUCAGAAACUUUAUCUCAUGAAGAAAUUGCCAGAGGAAUCAAUCUUAUAAAGAAUUAUGGAGCUAAACUUAUUGGUGCAAGUCCAGAUCCUAAUUUCCCAAUGCCAGGCGGAAUCUUGGUUUGUGGAACCUGA